GCUGUAAGCAUAUUUGCAGGAGGUGCUCGUCAUGAAGGUUCGCUUGAAGUGCUGGAAUGGCGUUGCCUCUUGGCAAUGGGUGGCUAAUGAUGACAACUGUGGGAUCUGUCGUAUGGCAUUUAAUGGCUGCUGCCCUGAAUGUAAAAUCCCAGGAGAUGACUGCCCAUUGGUGUGGGGUCACUGCUCUCACUGCUUCCACAUGCAUUGCAUCUUAAAAUGGCUGAAUUCCCAGCAGGUGCAGCAGCACUGCCCUAUGUGUCGUCAGGAAUGGAAAUUCAAAGAGUGAAAUGCAAAGAUUUAGUUCCAUGUAGUACCCAUUAAGAUUGUUAUAUCUCUUGUAAAUAUCAUAGUUGUGCUUGUUCCCCCAUGAUCUUUUCCAAUAAAAACAGUUAUUACUGGA